AGUGAUUUGAAGGUCGUCUGAGGGCUUGUUGAAGUUCACGGGAAAGCGUGACUACGCCAAGACUUUUUUUCGGCGGGCGUUCGGCUGUUCCUCCGUCAUCGUCCGGCCUUUACUUUUGAUUCUCUUGAGACUCUCACCUUGAUUUUCCUCCCAUUUCCCCCUCUUUCUUUCCUCCCCUCUCUUGAAUUAUUUAAGAUCUACUUUACUUUCGGACAAUUCCGCGCUGGUGACUCUUGGAGUUUUGACUAUCAUCUUUACAACAUCCAUGCUGAACUGAGCUUCCUUCGCUCCAAUGGCAGGACACAUGCUGAUGCCGCUCCGGCGUCGGCCAUGGACCUGUCGGGCAUGUCUGCAGCGACUGCAGCAACCUCGUCGAUCCUUGGAAACAGCCGCGUCGCCCUCCUCCCAGUCGGAUGUAUACGAUUACGCCCCCACGAACCAUUCCACCCAGAAAAAGACUGCCGACGAAACCCUUCGACGAGUGUUCGAUUCGCAACCGUUCUGGCGAGAGUUUUCGCAGCGGAGCGCCACCCAAUCCAAGCCCACCGGAUUAGUUCAGAACCAAUACUUGACCAACCCCGAUGGAUUUCGCGCCUUUGCCAAUGUCUCCCUACAGAGAUGUCAAGCAAUCGUCUCCAAAGUCCUUUCCGCAUCCACGCUGGAAGAAUAUCGGGACAUGGCUCGGGAUCUUGACCGGCUGAGUGAUCUUCUCUGCCGAGUGAUCGACCUGUCAGAUUUUAUCAGAGUUAUUCACCCUGACCCGCGCGUGCAGGAGGCAGCUACGCAGGCGUAUGCGCUAAUGUUCGAGUACAUGAAUGUUCUGAAUACGACCACAGGGCUCAACGAUCAGCUAAAGAAGGCGGCCAGCAAUCCGGAUGUGACUUCGCACUGGUCGGAGGAGGAGAAGAUUGUGGCGCAGAUUCUGAUUAAGGAUUUCUCCAAUUCCGCUAUUCACAUGCCACCAAACGAGAGACAGCGAUUCGUGAACCUAUCGAACGACAUCAGUCAGCUCGGGUCAAACUUUGUUAAUAGCGCCGAGCCCGCCAAAUCGCAAGUGGUGGUAGGCGCCAAUAGUCUGCGGGGCCUGGACCCGAUUCUUGUCCAGCAGAUCAGACGAUGGAAUCGUACCGCGUCGGUUCCGACAACGGGUAUGAUCCCACGGCUAGCGUUGCGGUCAGUUCACGACGAGGGUGUUCGCAGAGAUGUUUAUUUGGCGACCCGAACAUCCAGCUCGCGCCAGCUCCAUCGAUUGGAGGAACUGCUCAGCAAACGGGCGGAGCUCGCCCAGCUGUCGGGCCACUCCAGCUUCGGCCAUAUGACGCUCAGCGAUAAAAUGGCCAAAAGCCCCGAGGCGGUUUCCAACUUUCUGACGGCGUUGGUGGGCAGCAACCGCGAAUAUGUCCAGGAAGAACUGUCCAAGUUACAGGCGAUGAAGGGAGCGUCCCCAUUGCAGCCGUGGGACCACGCCUACUAUGUUCAUCAACGCGUCCUGCAAUAUUCGCAGUCCCGGCGGUCGCGUGAGCUGAGUGCUGUGCCCGAGUUCUUCUCGUUGGGUACGGUGAUGCAAGGGUUGUCGCGGCUUUAUGACCGCCUUUAUGGUGUCCGGCUCGUGCCGCAGGAGACAGCUGCAGGUGAGACGUGGAACCCAGACGUGCGUCGAUUGGACGUCGUCGACGAAGCCGACAGACAUAUUGCAGUGAUCUACUGUGACCUGUUCUCUCGACCUAACAAACAUCCCAACCCUGCUCAUUUCACCUUGCGAUGCGCUCGGGAGAUCUCCUCGGAAGAAGUGGCGGAGUGUGCCACCAUGGAUCACUCGGCACACCCCAACGAUGGGAUGGCCACGGCGGUUGAUCCGCAAUCGAAGACCCUCCGACAGCUGCCGACGAUCGCAUUGGUGUGUGACUUCGCGGAGCCGCCAGCGACCGGCGCGGGGCGCCCGUCGUUGCUCAGCGAACACAGUGUCCGGACGCUGUUCCACGAGAUGGGUCAUGCGCUGCAUUCCAUUUUGGGACAGACUCGGUUGCAGUCGAUUUCCGGGACACGGUGCGCGACCGAUUUCGCCGAAUUACCGUCGGUUCUCAUGGAGCGGUUUGCUACCGAGCCCGCGGUGCUCUCCAUGUACGCCCGCCAUUGGCAGACCGACCAACCACUGUCCGAGAGUAUGAUGUUGAGCAUGGAGAAGGAUCGCCUGGCCCACGGUUCGAUCUACGGUGCGGUGGAGAACGAGGCCCAGAUCCUCAUGGCGCUGGUGGACCAGGCAUACCACUCGAUCCCGGCCGACAAGGCCGGCCAGAUUGACAGCACGGCGAUCUACCACCAGGUCUCGUCGGCCCACUCGACCCUACCCGAUCCGACGGACAGCCGGCCGCCCACCUCGUGGCAAGGGUUCUUCGGUCAUCUCUAUGGCUACGGCGCGACCUACUACAGUUAUAUCUUCGACCGGGCGAUCGCCAACAAGAUCUGGGAGGACGUCUUCCAGGCGGGCAAAGCGGCGGUGGAUCGCGAGGCCGGCGAGCGAUACAAGAACGAAGUGCUCCGCUGGGGUGGUGGACGUAACGGAUGGGAUUGCGUGGCAGGUGUGUUGGGAAGCACCAACGCGGCCAACGCCAAUGGACGACUGGCAGAAGGCGGCGACGAAGCCAUGCGGGAAGUCGGACGAUGGGGGUUGGGCCGGGAUGGAGUCUCGGGCUAAACUCAUGCAGGAAUAUGCAAUAUAACAUCCUGUAAAUACUAAAAGACUACUAGACUAACCUAACCUAACUCACUAUUCCUCGAACAACAAUAAUAAUACCCAUGUCUCACUUUCGUCCUACCUUCUCCAGUAAUUCCCAAGUCUCAAAAACUGACUUAUCUUACGUCUGCUGACCGCGUCAGGAAAAGAAAGAAAGACAAAAAGACAUUAACGGGCGCCAGUGUUUACGACCAACAGCCUCGGCAUGCAUCCCUUGGCUACCACAAUUUACAACAUCUUAGCUGCAUGUGUUUUCUCGUUAUCAUGAAUCCAAAUAAAAAUCACUAGUCAUAGUUUCCCACCUCAUUCUGAAAAAAAAAGACCCGGUCCUUGAACGGUGAAGCAACGGUUUUUUUU